CCAAUUACCUCGUACGUAGCGCCGCGGCACCACCACAGGUGUCGCGCGGCGCCCGACACGAGUGCCGCAUGCGUCCCACGCGGCCGCGCCAGCUCCCGCCUCCGCGCAUCCCCAGGCGCGCUCUCCCUCUAUAAACCGCGCUCUCCCUCUCCCUCGUCCACCUAACUCGUCGUAGUGUGGUAGUAGUGCUAGAACAGUGGGCUAGUGAACGUGGUAACUACCUCUGGACAUGGCUGAUCAGCACCGAGGCAUGACGGGAGGCGGCGGCUUCGGCGAGCCCCACCGCGGGGGCGGCCAGGCGCAGCAGAAACAGCCGGCCAUGAUGACUGCUCUGAAGGCGGCGACAGCCGCGACCGCCGGCGGGUCGAUGCUGGUGCUGUCCGGGCUGAUCCUGGCCGGCACCGUCAUCGCGCUCACGGUGGCAACCCCCGUGCUGGUGAUCUUCAGUCCCGUGCUCGUGCCGGCCGCCAUCGCGCUGUCGCUCAUGGCAGCCGGGUUCGUCACGUCGGGCGGCCUCGGCGUGGCCGCGCUGUCCGUGUUCUCGUGGAUGUACAAGUACCUGACUGGGAACCAGCCGGGGGCCGACCAGCUGGACAACGCCAAGACGCGGCUCGCGUCCAAGGCGCGCGACAUCAAGGAGGCGGCGCACCACCGCAUCGACCAGGCGCAGGGGUCUUAAAGCGCCCGGAUCAGUCCUACUGCUUGGACGGCGCGGGACGGCGGCGCACGACCACCGACGGCAUGGUCUACGGCUGCUGCUACGUACGCUGCUGUAGUGUCUCGGUCGCCGCGCUAGCUAGCUAGCUGGUUGC